AUGGGUCUCCGGCACCUGCACCUACCCUAUCGUGCGCCGUUCCUCUAUCCGCCCUAUAGCCUGGCCUCGCGCGUCCAGGAGCAUGCGCGCCGCCAGUUGCUGGACUUUAAGGACGCGAUCGUUCUUCGUGGCCGGCCCCCAUCGCCGCCGACCUUGAUUUCUUUCACGCCGUUGCCCACCUACACCCUGGGCCGUCGCCAGACCGCUCCCCUCAGCGAGGACGAGGUCGCACGGCUGCAAGCGCCCUUGCAUGUCGCAUCAUCGCCCAAGCUAUUGACCGCCGCCGCCGCCGCCACCACCACAUCGACGCCUUGUCUACCCGUGUCCAUCGUCAGCUCCCCCCGCGGUGGGCUGACUACGUACCACGGCCCCGGUCAGGUGGUUUUGUGGCCAGUACUGGAUCUCCGAUCCUUGCACCACAAGCAGUUCACCGUCCGUUGCUACUCGCGCCUGCUCGAGGAUACUACUAUUGCCACCCUGGGGUCCCUGUUUGGUCUAGCUGCCUUUACCACGGCUGACCCGGGCGUAUGGGUUCGGCCGGAGCCUGCUAAGAUCGCCGCGCUCGGUGUGCAUCUGCGCCGGCACGUCAGCGCUCUGGGUACCGCCAUCAACGUUGCUACCCCUGGCUCUGACGUGACCUCUGAGAAGCUCAAUCCCUGGGCACGCAUCAUCGCGUGCGGGCUCGAGGGCAAGGCUGUGACAAGUGUCGCAGCCGAGUUGGCUGCUGCUACUACUACUCCAGACGCAGAAAGGGAUCCUCUCCCGCAAGAAGCGGUGACUGCUACUGCCUGGGCCGAGGAGCUCGCCCGUCGGAUAGAGGUUGACGGGGUUGACGUUGUUGGCCAGCCUGAGGUGAUGGACCUGCUGGCGGACCUCAUCCGCCAUGACGCGAGUGUUGAAGAGCAGCAGUUCGUGACGGAGAUGAGGAGGGUGCUCGGGGUAUGA